AUGGCGCAUUAUGCGAUUGAACAAGAUGUCUGCGAUACUGCCUCUUCUUCAAGAAAGUAUACAAACAGAAACAAUCGUAUUGAGUCGCACGACCGUCUUGUUAGAGAUUACUUUGCCGAGGAACCGAAAUUUGAUGAGGAUUUUUUUAGAACACGGUUUCGGAUGAGUAGACAGUUGUUUGUGAAGAUAGCUACAUAUUUGGAAAGCAAUUUUCAAUAUUUUCAAAGGAGGGUCGACGGUCGUGGGAAAAUGGGGUUUCCGGCUUUACAGAGAUGCACAUCUGCCGUUCGCCAGUUAGGAUACGGGAGUCUUGAUUGUACACACUGGGCUUGGGAUAAUUGUCCAGUGGCUUGGCGUGGCCAGUACACGCGAGGUGACCAUCACGGGCCAACAAUAUCUCUUGGGGCGGUGGCGUCACAGGAUACGUGGAUUUGGCACGCAUACUUUGGUGUUGCUGGUUCAAACAACGACAUUAAUGUGUUGAACCAAUCUCUUUUGUUUAAUAGCUUUAAAGACGGCACAACACUGAUGGUUCCUUUCACUGUAAAUGGAACCGAAUAUAAGUACCCGUAUUUUCUCGUGGAUGGGAUCUACCCAAGAUAUGUGAUGUUUGUGAAAACGAUUCCUCAUCCAACCGGUGAGAAAAUGAUUCGACUUGCUAAGGCACAAGAGGCUGCAAGGAAGGAUAUGGAGCGAGCUUUUGACGAGGACCACGCAUUAUGUCCUGAUUAUAUUCCAGAUCCCCCGGUUGCACCACAACCAUCAGGUGGUCGACUAGCAGAUAUACAUGACUCAAACGUUCACGAAAAUCUUCGGAUGGAUCUCAUUGACCAUAUUCAUCGCACAUUCAUCCCGGGCCUCGACCGUUAG